GUCACGAAAUUGUCGCUAGCCUCAAAGCCUAGGCGCAAGCAUUGCUCACAUUCGGCGGCAGACCACGUUAAUACAGUUUGAGGUUUUCGACGCCUCCCCAGCAACACAUCUUAAACCAAAAAGGUAUUUAAGCAACAGAGCACUCCUAAGAACUAACCUCAACCGAGAACAUCAGUUACUUUUGCUACCUCCUGACAUUCUACGUUUAACCAUGGUGGACAAAAUGGCCUCGUUUGGACACGCUCUGCUGCGCCGUCGUGUGCUGGAUUGCUCUGGGGAGGAAACGCGCUUUGCUCGCUGUCUGUCCACUCUUGAUCUCGUGGCAUUGGGUGUGGGAUCCACGCUGGGAGCUGGAGUCUAUGUGCUGGCUGGGGAGGUUGCAAGAGAGAAGGCAGGUCCCGCCAUCGUCUUGUGCUUCCUUGUGGCUGCACUUUCUUCAAUGCUGGCUGGACUGUGUUAUGCAGAGUUCGGUGCACGAGUACCUAAGACGGGGUCGGCGUACUUGUACAGUUACGUAACGGUGGGAGAAAUCUGGGCUUUCAUCACUGGUUGGAACCUCAUUCUGUCUUAUGUAAUAGGUACAGCUAGCGUGGCACGAGCUUGGAGCUCCACGUUUGAUAAUUUGGUCGAGCAGAAGAUCUCCAGCUUUUUCAAGGCAUCCAUGGCCAUGAAGGUUCCUGGAAACGUUCUUGCAGAAUAUCCAGACCUAUUUGCUCUCGUCCUCAUUCUGUUACUAACUGGUCUGCUUGCUUUUGGUGUGAGUGAGUCUGCUCUGGUGAACAAGAUCUUCACCGGGAUCAACCUGGUCGUUCUGGGUUUUGUCAUUAUCGCUGGCUUUGUCAAGGGAAAUACAGCAAACUGGAACCUCACAUAUCAGGACUUCAUUAAUGAUACUAACAUCACAGAACCACAAAGGGUGGAAAACAUGUUUGGAAGUGGAGGUUUCGCUCCGUUUGGCUUCAGUGGAGUCCUGUCUGGUGCUGCCACCUGUUUCUACGCCUUCGUGGGCUUCGAUUGCAUUGCUACAACGAGUGAGGAAGCCAAAAACCCAAUGCGUUCCAUCCCAGUGGGCAUUGUGGCCUCUCUGCUCAUUUGCUUUUUUGCUUAUUUUGGAGUAUCAGCCGCUCUUACGUUGAUGAUGCCCUACUACAAGCUCAACACCCAGAGUCCCCUGCCCGAGGCGUUCAGUUAUGUGGGCUGGGCGCCGGCACGAUAUAUUGUUGCUGUGGGUUCACUCUGUGCGCUUUCGACAAGUUUGUUGGGCUCCAUGUUCCCCAUGCCUCGUGUGAUCUACGCUAUGGCAGAGGAUGGGCUGCUCUUCCGUUCCCUCUCCAGGAUGAAUAAGAAGACCAAAACUCCAUUGAUGGCGACUGUUGUGUCUGGAAUAGUAGCAGCUCUCAUGGCCUUUCUCUUUGAUUUGGCUGCUUUGGUUGACCUCAUGUCCAUCGGGACAUUGCUGGCUUACUCUCUGGUGGCUGUGUGUGUUCUCAUCCUCAGAUAUCAGCCGGGCAUUCUGAACUCUUCCAGUCAGACUGAGAAACUGGUAGAACUGGUUGGUGGGGAGAAGGUGGCUGUUUGUGGAGACAGCGGGGAUGAAUAUGGCGUUGAGCUGGAUGACAAUCCCCGCAAAGAGAAGUUCUACUUGAAACUCCUGCUGGUUCCAACCCAGGACUCACCGACCGAAAUCUCUGGGUCAAUUGUCUAUGCCACAACUGCAGUUAUAUCCGUGCUGAUCACACUGUUGUGCGUGGUGUUGGCUGUGCAACUGGAGGCCAUCAUGAACGGCGAGAUCGUGUGGGUGAUGGUGUGUGUCAUUCUGGCUGUACUGUGCUUCCCGUGCGUCAUCGUGAUCUGGAGACAGCCCGAGAGCAAAGAAGCUCUCACCUUCAAGGUGCCACUGUUGCCUUGGCUCCCUCUGUUCAGUAUCUUUGUCAACAUCUAUCUGAUGAUGCAGCUGGACUUGGCCACCUGGUGCCGCUUCGCUGUGUGGAUGGGCGUUGGUUUCGCCAUCUACUUCGGCUACGGCAUCCGGAACAGCAUAGAGGCCAUGAACAGCCACUCACGAAAAUACGAGCCGGCCCUUCAGAACAAGAGCCCUAUUUAUCUAGGUGGAGACGAGAGCGAGGUGGAAGGGAUUUCUCCCUGACCCUGAUAGCCACAGAUGGAGGUUUUCCACUCAACGUGUUUCAUGUGAAAAGUCCUUAUUUAUUCAUGUAGAGACUUUCCCAUACAUGUUAAUUCCAAAAGGAAUUCUUAUCCUCUCAAACGUUAACCCUUAGAAAGUGUUGCAGAGUUUUCUGUAGCUUACGUUAGAGGUCCGUGUGCAGCCUCCCUACUGGAAAAGGUGUUUUUGUGGCUGCUGCUGUAAUCUUUAGUACUGUAAUGGCCAUUUUGUCUUCUUGACAGUGAGAUGACUGUAUUGCAGGCCUGCAAAAAUGUGAUUUUUGUUUUCAUGAUCCAGUUUGUGUGCUAAAGCCUUUCUAGGCAGCUGCAGUCCAAAAUGGUUUCCUGUCGAUCGUGUGGUUUCCCAGCACGAGUCUACAGCGACCCCUAGUGUUCGGUUUGCAGAAUGCAAAGGCUCAAUGACUACCACAAAUAAGACAGUAUUCGUUUAAUGGUAGCUGUCAGUUAGUCUGUAAUUCCUUUGUCUAACAAAGGUUUUUUUAUCUAAUAUGGCUUAAAGCAAAUAACUAAAGAAUCCUAAAAAUGCUGGUUUUAUCCCAUGUGUGAGUUUCUUGAAAGUGUACAUGGAUAGUAUAACUUUCCAUUUUUUUCCAGUCUGGCAUUGACACAAUGCUGUCUGCUGUAUGUGGAGAUACCGGUAUUGGGCAUUUUGGUUAAAAAAAUUAUAGUAUUUAAAGUGUGUUUGAGUUUUGAAUGAGAAUGUGUCGUUUCCCUUUGUUUUGCAAAAUACUAAAUUAUUUUAAAGUUUUUAUAUGGACAUGUAUAGUUUACUUAUUCAUACAGCCUCCUUAAACGUGGUGGGAAAGCUUUGGGCUAGCCUGCUAUUAAAAUAACAGAUUCACAGGUCAAACCUAAAUCUUCCUGAAGACUAUGGGCUGGUUUCCCGGACGGGGUUUUAGCCUAAUCCCAGACUACUUUAAAAAUGAGUGGCAUCUUGAUAGAAAACAACUUGCACUUGCAUAUCUUAAAAAAUAUCAGUGCGAUUGUUUUGUCUCAAGAUGCACACUGUAAUGUUUGUUUGUAAAGCAUGUUUUUAAAAACGCCUUAAAUAUCCUAAUUUAACUAAGGCCUAGUCCUGGUUUAGGCUAAACCCUGUCAGGGAAACCGCCCCUAAAUAUCUAAAGAAAAGCUGGCUUUGAAUGGCCUUUCUUUAAUAUCUGAAGGUGUAGAUACUUGUUAAAUAGAUUUUUUUUGUUUGUUUCCAUUGAAACUUGUUCUUGGCAGCUUGGCUGUUGAGCUCAUGUUACUUUUAUCUAUUUGUUCUUUAUUGUAGAGUCAUUUAUUAUAGUGGACUACUGGUUUACUGUAGCUCGGUCGAUGUUGAGUAUCUUGUCUUGUGCUCCCGUCAUAAUGGUUUCUAUACUUUGAGUUAACUCGUCAGGAUGCUGUUUUUCAGCUCAUUAUUAAACGUUGUGACCGUGCAAAUGACAAUUUUGAUUAUUGUAACAUUUGUGUUGAGAGAAUCGGAGAGCAAUAGAGGCUGUUAACGGAUUUGUUUUCAGAUGGUCACUUUCUGACAGCAAACUAAAUUGCUAUGUGAUAGAUUGCAAAGUUGUUAAAAACCACCUUUGUUUUUAACGUAUUAACAUAUUGCUUAAUUAGAAGUAUGUUUUUGUAUAGCUUUAAUAUUUUGUGUUUUAACAAUCAAAUGAAAUGGUUUUGUUUACAUGUACCAGACAUGUCAGAUUUAGCAUAAAGUGUUUAAAGACACAUUUUGUGUCUGCUCCUAGGCAUUGAAUUCGACAAUGUUAUGAUUGGUGUAGAAGUUUUAUAUCUUCUGUAGAACAGUGCCUGAAGUUUAAAAUGCACCUCAAAGAUGGAUGGUAGAUAUCAACACAUACCAAACCACAUGCCUUUGAGAUGCACGUUGUAGUGUUACAUAUGUGUUUGUUUCUCAAUGUAUAAAUACAUAUUUUGUCUUUUUUAAACUGUAAAUAUUCAUGCCAUGUACAAAGAAAAUGAGCUGUAUUAUAAAAAUUCUGUUAUUCGUUUUUUUUAUA